GGGAAGGGAAGCGGGACGGAGUGAAGAGGCGCCGCGAGGAGACAUGUCCGCGCCCGCCGGGCUGCCGCCGCGGCCCGCCGCCGCCGCGUUUUCCCCGGUCGGGCCCGGCGGGUCCCGGGAGGCCGCGGCCCCCGCGGGCGGCGCUGCCCACUGCCACAACGGUCCUGUGCAGAGUCAGAUGCAGUUUCCCCCUGGCUAUGGCUCACAUCCUCCAAACUACAGUGCGCCUUCAGGACACUAUUCCCAAGUGCCCAAUAAAGCUGCUGCUUCACAUCUGGAUCAUCAGUAUAGAGCCAGUUACUACCCUGGUUACUAUUCAGCACCAGCACAAAAUGUUAUGACACCUUCUGUGGGUAGCAAUGUGUUGAAUGCACAGGGAUCGCAACAGUUGUACAACAAAACUCCUCCCCAUACAGGGGGGGCAAGUGACGGACCUGUUCAAGGAGCAAUAUCAUCUGCAUCUUACUUACAUAUGAGUGCUCAGCAGUCAUAUUCAGCAUUUGAUAAUCACUACAGCACUUCUGUCAGCUCUUCAGUUGCAUCUCAGGGAUUUCCCCUUAAUUCUGAUCACUAUGCCAUGCCCGUGGUUUCUGGUGCCAUGUAUCCUAGUGUUUCCUAUCCUCCUGCGGCUGCUGGCAGUGCAUAUGGGCAGACAUUUACCUCUCAGAGUCUACCUGCUGUUGGACAGUUCAAAGAGACAAAUGCUUUUUCUAGCCAGAGUACAUCUGUACCUCAUUCACUUCAACAGCAUGUUCCUGCGGGAUAUAAUACAACUUUAUCAACUAUUUCAUCUGCCCAGUCUGUUCAAGACAACCUCUGCAGGAAUCUCCCUGGAUCCGUUGCAAAAGUAAACAACCAAAUCAAAACAGGUGGCAUUGAUUCUUCACAGCCCGUGCACUCAGUGAGCCAGAAUGUUGCAUUUACCAAGCCUGGGGUUGGAACAUCUGCUUCCUCUGCUGUGGUCUCGUCAGUAAGGUCACCUGCUCCAAGCCUCUCUUCACAGCCAUCAUCUUCACCAUCUGUUACACAGUCACCAGAGCUGGCCCUUCAGGAAGGCAUGCAGUAUGGUGGAUAUGUUAAUAAUCAAGCUAGCUCUGCACCAGCUCCCUUGUCAUCAAGUUCAGAUGAUGAGGAAGAGGAUGAGGAGGAUGAGGAAGCAGCACUUGAUAGUUCUUCUACUACAAGCAGUGCCUCUCCUGUUCUGAACAAUUAUGAUGCCCUAGAAGGAGGUGGCUAUCCAGAUACACGUUCCGUGACCAGCAGCCCAGUUCCUGCUCCAUCAGUCCCGCAAACAUCAAAAGCUUCAAAGCCCUUUGGUUAUGGAUAUCCAGCACUGCAGCCUGGCUACCAAAAUGCAACACCAACUACUCCUGUGCAGCCCAGUAAUCCAGGACACCAUCCUGGUUUUCAACACUAUCCACAGCACUAUCCAGGUGUGAACCAGCUGUCCUCUUCCUUAGGAAGCUUAAGUCUACAGCAUUCUCAGCAGCCAGAAAGCUUGAGACCAGUAAACCUUACACAUGAUAGAAAUAUUUUGCCAGUGUCUUCAGUUCCAGCACCUGUGCCUAACUUGAAUUCUGAUCUUAGGAAAUUAAACUGCAGUCCAGACUCAUUUCGAUGUACAUUGACAAAUAUUCCACAAACACAGGCUUUGUUAAACAAAGCUAAGCUUCCUUUGGGUUUGUUGCUGCAUCCCUUCAGGGACCUAACGCAAUUACCAGUAAUAACAUCAAGCACAAUAGUAAGAUGCAGAUCCUGCAGGACGUAUAUCAACCCUUUUGUUUCUUUCAUUGAUCAAAGGAGGUGGAAAUGCAAUCUGUGCUAUAGAGUUAAUGAUGUUCCUGAAGAAUUUAUGUAUAAUCCUCUGACACGGUCUUAUGGAGAGCCUCAUAAACGGCCAGAGGUGCAAAAUUCUACAGUGGAAUUCAUUGCUUCCUCAGACUAUAUGCUUCGUCCUCCUCAGCCUGCGGUAUAUUUAUUUGUUUUAGAUGUGUCACAUAAUGCAGUGGAGGCUGGAUAUUUGACAAUAGUCUGCCAGUCAUUGCUGGAAAAUCUAGACAAGCUGCCUGGAGACUCAAGAACAAGAAUAGGGUUCAUAACGUUUGACAGCACUGUUCAGUUUUACAACUUGCAAGAAGGUUUAUCUCAGCCUCAGAUGCUGAUUGUCUCAGAUAUUGAUGAUAUUUUCCUGCCUACACCAGAUAGUUUACUUGUAAAUCUCCAUGAAAGCAAAGAGCUGAUAAAAGACCUAUUGAAUGCAUUACCAAAUAUGUUCACUAAUACAAGAGAAACACACAGUGCAUUGGGCCCUGCUCUUCAGGCUGCAUUUAAACUGAUGUCUCCAACGGGUGGUCGGAUAUCUGUCUUUCAAACUCAGUUACCGUCCUUGGGAGCAGGGCUUUUGCAUUCCAGAGAAGAUCCCAAUCAAAGGUCAAGCACAAAGGUGGUCCAGCAUCUUGGUCCAGCAACGGACUUUUAUAAGAAGUUGGCACUGGACUGUUCGGGCCAGCAGACUGCUGUGGAUUUGUUUCUCUUAAGUUCACAAUAUUCUGAUCUAGCUUCUCUGGCUUGCAUGUCCAAGUAUUCUGCUGGAUGCAUCUAUUACUACCCAUCUUUCCAUCGUACCCAUAAUCCUGCUCAGGCUGAAAAGUUGCAAAAAGACCUGAAAAGAUACCUUACAAGAAAGAUUGGAUUUGAAGCAGUUAUGCGCAUAAGAUGUACAAAAGGUCUUUCAAUACACACUUUUCAUGGGAACUUUUUUGUACGAUCUACUGAUUUGUUGUCCCUUGCUAAUGUCAAUCCUGAUGCUGGAUUUGCAGUACAAAUGUCCAUUGAAGAAAGUCUGACUGACACAUCAUUGGUUUGUUUUCAAACAGCUCUUUUGUAUACUUCCAGCAAAGGUGAACGUCGCAUUCGAGUGCACACACUUUGCUUGCCCGUAGUAAGUUCAUUGGCUGAUGUAUAUGCAGGAGCAGAUGUACAAGCAGUUGUCUGCCUCUUAGCCAACAUGGCUGUGGAUCGCUCAGUUUCAUCUAGCCUUGCAGAUGCAAGAGAUGCCUUAGUUAAUGCCGUGGUAGACUCCUUGGCAGCAUACAUGUCAACUGCCUCAAAUCUGCAGCAGUCCAUGCUGAUAGCACCAAAUUCCCUCAAGCUGUUUCCACUCUAUAUUUUGGCUCUUCUCAAACAGAAAGCAUUCAGGACAGGCACAAGCACUCGCUUGGAUGAUCGUGUAUAUGCAAUGUGCCAGAUGAAGAGCCAGCCUCUUGUUCAUUUGAUGAAAAUGAUACAUCCCAACUUGUACAGAAUAGACAAAUUGACUGAUGAGAGUACAAUACAUGUAAAUGACAGAGUUGUUCCUCAGCCACCUCUUCAGAAGUUGUCUGCAGAGAAGUUGACAAGAGAAGGAGCUUUUCUUAUGGAUUGUGGCUCAAUUUUUUACAUUUGGAUUGGAAAAAACUGUGAUAACAGCUUCAUAAAAGAUGUCCUUGGAUACCCAAACUAUGCAUCAGUUCCACAGAAAAUGACACAGCUUCCUGAGGUAGAUGCACUUUCUUCAGAAAGGACACGAUCUUUUAUAUCUUGGCUUAGAGACAGUAGACCUUUAAGUCCAGUUCUUCAAGUAAUAAAAGAUGAGAACCCUGCCAAAACAGAUUUUUUUCAGCAUUUAAUUGAAGAUCGGACAGAAGCAGCUUUCUCAUAUUAUGAGUUCUUACUUAAUAUUCAACAGCAGGUUUGUAAGUGACCAAGGAAUAAAUAGAAGAAAAAUUCUGACUUCAGACAGAAGAUUGGGCUGAGAGAAGCAUAUGGAAAGUUACAGAAGUGGAUGCUUGUUCUUCACAAUAUACAGUGACAGCACUGUUUUGGAAGCUUUACAGCUAAAGAAGUAUACAUUUCCAAAAGAAUUUUGCAGAUUUACUUCAGUCUCAAAGUGCUAGGAGUGAUGAAGCUGUUUCACUAGUAAACUUUAAAAUUGGUUUGUACACGUAUCCAGUUGUGCAGCGGUAUGGUGCUCUGUUUAUUGCAAGCUGGUGAAUUUAUGUAGCUAUGUGGGAUGAUAUUUCUUAACAAAAUGUACAAUUAGGUAAAGCCUUUUUUCUUACAUUUAUUAUAGUAGCCCUUCCAGAUCCAAAUCCUUAACAGAGAUGUCAAAGGGCAGUGAUGUAUGUUGGUUGUUUAUAUGAAUUUCUUUUUAAGAGGAAUGAUUCAUAUUUACUAAAGACUUCAGCAAAUUCCCUGUGAAAGUUGUAGAGUUUCAGUAAAGUAAAUCAAUUGUAGAAAUAAAAUAUAUAAUGUACAUAAGUAUUACAUUUGUAAAGAAAAUGUAAAAAAAUGUAACUAAAAAAAAGACUUAGCUCAGUGUGCAGAAUUGUUGAGUGCUCGAUGAUGAUGAGUUGUUUUGUCCCAGGCUAGACAAUGAAGUUGACUAAUAAAAACAUGCUAAAAAAUGUAUAAUUGUAGAAGGAAUACAGCUGCUUCUUCUGUUAAUUUUAGGCGAAUUUAUUUAUGAUUGGCUUACUAAUUAACAAUAUUUUGCUUCAUCAUGUGGUUUUAUAUUUAUGUAAGUAUAACCAUUUUGCAACUAAACUCUUACCGAAAUGAAUAUUGAAGAAAACAUGUUUACCACUUUAUUUCACAGAUCUGUGGAAGGGAGGAGAAAACACUGCAUAAUCUGAAAUGAGCUUUUAAUACAAAAUUCCUAAACCCCUUCUUAUGUAUUAUCCUCAAGAAGGCAUAUCUAUUAACUUUGUUUUAUGUUCUGUAACUACUGUAGUCUUGGUCGAGGUUUCUGUAAACUUGUGUUGUCUGCCCUUUAGAGUAAGUGUGGGUAAUCACUCACACUUGUUGGUUUGAGUUCUGCUGUGAUCUAAAGAAAAAGAAGAGGUGAUGUAAAAAUUAAUUACCUUACAUCAGUGAAAGUAAAGGCUUUAAAAUGACAAAAUUCAAAAUGUAAUCACACUUGCGUAUUUCAGAAACCUUGUUCUUGCUAAGGUUUUGGUAACUCAACGGUUUGGGCUUUUCGAUAGAUUUAUGUCAGAUUUUUUAAUUUGAUUGUUGAGAUGGUUUUGUUAGGUUGUUUGUUUUGGUUUUUUUUAGAGACACAUUAGAAUUAAUGCAUAAAGCACAAUCACUUAUACUUAGUAUUCUGAACUUUAUCUGUUUGUUUUAAUGAAAUGUGACUACAAUUAAAUAAUUAAGUACGAAAAAAGUAAAUUAUGAUUAGUAUGAUUACAUUUUAAUUUAAUGUAGCCUUGAAGAUGCUAACGUAUUUUAAGUGCUAUAGCCCCUGAAUCAAAUAGUCAAGGAGAAAAUGUACUAGCUAUGGUUUGCAAAUGCUUUAAAAGCUACAAUAAUUAAAUUCCGCAAGUAGUGUUAUUCUGCAUGUUAGCACAAACUCAUUGUUUGGAGAAGAUACCUUAUAAGUUAUAUUUGUGUGCUGUCCUUUACUAAAUGUGUUUAAGUUACCCAAAGAUUACAAAAGAGAAACUUUCCAUUUAGUAGAUCAAUAUUGUGUAAUAAAUGUCUGCGGCUAUGCUGAAUGUUGUCCCUAAAUGAGACCUCUAGGAUCUCAGUGCUUGUUUGUAGAUUAAUUUGCAUUGGGUGAAAGCUGAAGCGUGGGGCAUCUUAAAAAUCAUUUAUAUUUGCAAAGACAAGAAGGACAUGUUACAGUUUAAAUGCUCCAUGAUAGAUGCUUCUGAUUUGUGAGUUUGGUAUUGAUAUCUGGGAACACCGUAUGCCAUGAUUAAUUGCAACAUAUUCUGUAAAAUCAUUUCUUAAAGCUUUAUUCUUCUAUGGGGUUUUGUAUAUAAAAAUUAUGAAAAGUACAUCUUGAGAGCUAUUUGUUCAGUAAAAUUAUUACACAGCACAGAGAAUAUAGCUUUUUUAUUAUUAAUUUUAGAGCAUACCUCCAUUGUGACUGAUGUUUGGUUUAAAUUUUAAAAAGACAGUCUCAUGGAAAUAUCUUGAUUUUGAAACAUCUCAGGAUUCAGGAUACUGAUUUUAGUGGUUUGAUCACUAGAAUAUCUGUAGGCAUGGCAAGAGUACCUCUCUGAGGGGGGCCUGGCGGUCGUGGUGGACAACAAGCUGUCCACAGUCCAGUGUGCCCUUGUGGCCAAGAAGGCCAACGGUAUCCUGGGGUGUAUUAGGAAAAGCAUUGCCAGCAGGAAAUGGGAAGUGAUCCUGCCCCUCUACUCAGCCCUAGUGAGGCUGCAUCUGCAGUGCUGUGUCCAGUUCUGGGCUCCUCAGUAAAAGAGAGACAUGGAGGUCCUGGAGUGGGCCUGGUGGAGAGAUACAAAGAUGAUGAAGGGACUGGAGCAUCUCUUAUAACGAAAGACUGAGGGAGCUGGGCCUGUUCAGCUUCGAGAAGAGAUGACUGAGAGGGGUCUGUGUCAAUGUCUCUAGGUAUCUCAAGGGAGGGUGUCAGGAGGAUGGAGCCAGGCUCUUCUUGGUGGUGCCAAGCAAUAGGACAAGAGGCAAUGGGCAAAAACUGAUGUACAGGAAGUUCCACCUGAAUAGGAGGAGGAACUUCUUUACUACGGGGGUGAGCACGCACUGGAACAAAUUGGCCAAAGAGGUUGUGGAGUCUUCCUCACUGGAGAUACCCAAGAACCAUCCGGAUGCAAUCCUGUGCAAUGUGUUCUAGGAUGACCCUGCUUGAGCAGGGAGGUUGGACCACAUGAGCCCACCAUUUGGUCCCUCCCAACCCUCAGUACUUUGUGAUCUAAAAGACAGUUUUUCUUACAAUGACUUGGAUCACAAGAUAUACAUCAAAAGAUUAAUUCCUACCAAGGGAUGUACUGUGAAGCUCAAUAAGGUUAUUGCCUACUGAGUAAGGUUUUGGAGAAGAGAUAAGAGGUAUGCUUUCAUAUCUGCUUAAAUAAAGUGCUGAACUGUCCAAGGUAGCUCUCCAGCCAUUUUAGGGAUUGAACUUUUCCCAAAACGCCUUCUACACCGCAAAUAUAAAUCAUGCCUAUUUGCCAGGGAAGAUGUCCCCCAGCCCCAGCUAAGUCAGUCUUUGGGUGAUCAGUUCAAAUUCUCAGUAUUUUAAAUAUUGACACUAGGUGUUCUUUUCAUGUCUUAGUUCUAAAAGCAACAUCUUGUACCUCUUUUACCAACUAAGUAGUAUGGAAGUUCCUGUGGGAGACAUUAAGAGCCCAGAAAGCUCUUAAAAUGGUAGGACACAUAAUGCAGCUUCCAAGAAGAGUUAUUGAUCUUGAUUCUUUAUUUUGUUCUUAAGCUUAUUAGAAAUAAACCCAUUUAUUAAUCUUGCUUAACCUGGCAAUGGAGAAAAGAUGACCAGGUGCAAGUAAUUUUGUUUGGCUUUGGUUUUCUGUACUUUUUGUCAUGUACUGAAAAGAUGGUUUUGUCAAAGGUCACUUGUUAGUAAUACUGAGAGUCAAGAGCCUUUCAGUAAUUUUAAAUGUGGAGUCAUGUUUUUUUAGGCCAAGUAGAUCUUAAGAAUUUGAUGCUAAAGUUACAAGGUAUGGGACACGAACGGGUUAAUGAGAAAAUAAUUGCAACCUCAGUCAGUGAUUUCUGUAGUUAGAAGUAUUAGCUUAUGUAUAAGACUCUGGAAAGAUCUCAUUUUGAUUUCAGUUUUGGAGUAUAUUUUCUCCCUGUGCUGUAUUCUGAUAGUGGGCAGGAUAUAACCCUUAAAAUACCAUUUUCAGUGGUGGGGAGUGUGGAGGUCUGAGGCUGAAAAUGGCAACGAAUGUGUCAGUUACUGUAUAAAAUUACUUGAGUGACUUCUUGCUUAAAAGCAGUUAUUUGGAUUUCAAUGCAUGUUAAAUCUUUUAUAUGAAAUUUUCUGGUAAUUUGUUCUGAAAAAUGGUGGAGGGAUGUUUACAUACACUAUUGCUUCUCAAAUUUUCAUAAUUAGAAUCAGACAUAUUUCUGAGUUUUAGCAUACCAGGAUUUUUGGUACAGUUGUGUUGGGAAUUUUAAAAGGGGAAUGGAGAGACUGUAAUAAUGUUUAUUUCUUUACCUGUCAGCCUCUAGAAUUAAAAAAAAGAAAACCAUUUCUAGAAGUCUAGCAUGUCUUUACUUAAACUGAUGUUAUGUAAUAUUCAAAUGUAGGAAUCUGGAAAAGUAUGCUUACAACUAUUGCAAUGAACUGAGAUUGAAGUCUCUCUAUAGAAUAUUUUGGUUUUCCUCACAAGCUACUGAUGAUGCCUUUUCAUGAAAAAUCCAAAGGCAUUCUACUUACUUGAGUGUAGCAAGAGAAUUCUCACAUGAUUAGUGUUGUGUAAAAGAUUAUCACAAGAGCAAUGAAAAUUCAAAUAACUACAAAAUAGAUCUUUCUUCAGUUUAUGCCUCAGUCAUGAAUUCUUACUGUUUUCCACUUGCAGGGCCUUUGUGUUUUCCUUUAUAAUUUUGAUAACUAGGAAAAAAUUAAAUACUUCACAGAAUUUCUUCUUAUUUUCCUUUGAGGGUCCUUAGCAAAACUGAUGGAGCUGCCUAAUUAGGAGUAUCAGUCAUGCACAAGAUUUUAGCAGGUGCACACUACGGAAGAUAAAUAGAGGAGAUGCAGAACUCCUGGAAAUGUUUCACAACCUGUUUAAAAAAAGCAAUUUUGUAAAGGAGAAUGAGUUUUAAUCCUUUUUCUUGCACUUGUUCGUGUUUAUGAUUAUCUGUUAUAUUUUCUUAAAGCUACUUGCAAGGGUUUUAUUUGAUUUUUCAGAUGUUAAGAGGAGCCUAUCCUAGAGGCAUCCAUUCAAAGAAAAGCGAGAAUUUUACACAGGUCAGGAGUGUUGGAAGGAAGUACUGUUAGGCUAGCAAUUAGUAUAAUACUAUUUUUCUUGUGUAUAUCAAUGUGAGUAGAAAGCCUCUGCUUGCAAGACACUGAGCCUUUGUGGGAUUCUUGAGUGAAGUGAUUAUUGACAUAAGAAUCCUCAAGCAUGAGAAAGAGUUGGUGAUAAUUAACCAUCUUUGUAAUCUGUUAGCUAUAGGAAAUACUAUUCCUAUAUUAUUUGAAAAUAUGUUUAAAAAUAACAAAAUGUUUUAAUGUUAGAAAAUCAUUUGGGGAGGGAAAGUAACAUUUAGGAAAAUACUUUUUAUUGUUAACAACUUCUGUAGAUAUGAUGCUUUCAAAUAUUUCUGCAGGCUGUAAAUUUCGGCUUUUAUGAAUAUAAAAUGUUACUAAAAGUUAUCUGAUCACGUAAUGCAGAAGCAAAGAAAAAAAGUAAAAUAUGUAGCUAAGGAAUUCUCUCUGUUCUUCUCUUUCUUUUUAGCAGCUGAAUACAAUGCCUUCGUUAUCUGAAAUAAAGCUUAGGAGAAGCCAGGACUAAAAAUAAAAGUAGAAUCAGUGGUAUACGUGCUGGAUGUCUUCAUCCAGCUUGCUGAACAUGUGCAGAGCUUCAGAAAGAUUGGUGUUUUGACUAUCAAUUUUAGCAAUUUCUUGCAAUAUGGCUGUAUUUCUAAGUGCCUUAUAUGUUUAUUUAAAAUAAAAAGCUAUCUGAGUUUC